AUGAGUGUCCAGUGUGUUGACUGUAUGCUUGAAGUGAUCCCUGGACCACAGUGGAUGACUGCCUUCAGUUCUAUCAUUAUCCAGACUGCAGGUUUCUUUGAACCACCUUUGGACAUCAAGUGGAUGGAGAUCCACUCAUCCACCUAUGACGAGAAGUGUCACCUGCGACACUGCUCUGGCUCUCUCUCCAGAGAGUACCUUCUUUGUCGAGUACUGUACAGGAGUCCUUGUAACAUCGCUCCUGUCCUUCCUGAGCUGUGUGCCAACCUCUUUGACACAGCUCUUCCUCCUCAUGACCUAUAUGCUGGUGUCAUUGACACAGCUCUCCUUCCUCCUAACCAAAUCUGCUAUAUGAUCCCUUCUACUACUGAUCUCAGCAGAAUUCGUGAUACCAUCCUUGCUCAUGCCAAUCUUGGUGGGAUCUGUCUUAGCACCGUUUCUACUACAGAUCUCAAUGAACUUGUAAGCGGUCGCGCGCCUGAAACCAGAUUGGGUGUUUCCGAUUGGUAUCGAUGGCUUUGUACUGAUGUCAAGAAAACACUGCCUACAGUAAGGGACUGGACCACAGGUGUUGAGGAACACUGCCUACAGUUGAUGCCUAACAGUGAUACAACACACACAUAUGAGGUGUCAUUGCAAAGCUCUGCUAUUGCAAUGAUAUGUAACUAUGAGUCAAGUAAAGAUAGAAUGAGAGUAUUUAUGCAUUCACUUGGUGUCACCUGCAACACCUUUCCUACUCCUCCUGAGAGGCCUUCACCUCCUCUUGACACUCUCUCUCCUGCUGGUGUCACUCCCUUUGAUGCUGCGCCUCUACUGCUCACACCAUGUAUUGCUCCUCCUCCUCAUAGACAAUCCCUGGUCUUCUUGACACAGCUCCUUCUCUCUUCACUGGCAACCAUCUUCUCAACCUUAUCUUGUGAAUCCCUUAACCACAUGUCAGGCCCUGUUGCCAAGCCCCUUGAUCAUGUGGUUGCCCCUGUGCUUGGUCCUAUGUGGCUGUAUGCACAUACCCCUUGA